AUGCAGAAGUCAGAAAUAACUGCUAAAAGAACUCGCACUGCUAUCAGUGUUAAAUUAAAAAAAGAAAUUUGUGAAUAUAUGAUGGCUCACCAAAAUGUUAAACAUGCUGAUGUUGCCUCUUUCUUUAAUAAUAAAUACAAAGAACUAAAUAUUGAUAUUGAUAGAACAAGUAUUUCCAAAAUAUUUAAAGAUAAAGAUAAAUGGUUGAAUUUAGUUUCUGAUAUGAUUGGAGUGGACAAAUUUCGUCAGCAUUCAACAAGAUUUCCUGAAUUUGUUAAAGCAAUGCAAAUAUGGACCGCACAAAUGGUUUCUGCUGGAAUGCCUUUAAGUGAUUUAAUUUUACAAAGAAAGGGGGAGGAAUUCGCAAGAGGAUUAAAUAUUGAAAACCAAAUAAAAUGUGCAAAUGAACGUUCAAAAUUGCAAUUUAUUUUAAGUCAAUAUAAUGAAGAAGAUAUCUAUAAUGCUGAUGAAACAGGAAUUUUCUUUAGGAUGCAACCCAACCAAACAUUAAGUACUGGCCCAAUUUCAGGAUAUAAAAAAUGGCUCAAUUAUCAUGAUAGAUUUUUUUGUGCAAUGGACAGAAAGGUUGUUCUUCUAAUUGAUAAUGCUGGGUCACAUUUUAAUCCAAAGCAACUUGAACAAUCUAAUGAAAACUCUACCAUUGUCAAUGAUCACAAUGAAGAAAUUAUAAUUAUCAAUGAAGAAUCAAGUUCAUGUUCUGAUAAUGAAGAACCAAUUGCAGAAUCAUCUCAUUUUGAUCAAAAUGUACCAACUAAAGAAUACCUUAAUGAUGAAGAAAUUAUAAGUCUUGUCCAAUUUGAAAAAAUGGACGAAAAUGGUAAUGAUUCAUCAUCAGAUGAAGAAAUACCUUUGAUACCAGUAAAAAAUGCAAUUAAUGGUUUAGAAACAUUUAUUAAUUUUUUUGAGCAACAUCAAAAGAUAUUAGAAAUAUAUUUGAAAAGAAAUACACAGGAUAUUCAAGAUCUUGUAAAUCAACAUAAAGAAAAUCAUAUCACCAAAUUUAUUGAAACUGAAGCAACUUACAAUGAAAUUUUUGCAGUGAAAGAACAUGCCAAAAAAUUGCAAAAUUCAAUUGAGAUUGCUAUUCAUAAUCAAUUUAAACAUGAUCCCUCUAUGACUAAUCGAAUCAUAUCUUUAAUAAAAUCAAAAGUAGAAUUGGAGGCAGAGAAACAUACUUUAGAUGUUCUUGAUAAAUGUGUAAAUGAUCUUAGACUUCGAUGUCAAAAUGUAUUAUGCAUAGAUGAUGGAUUGAAAAUGAUUUGUGAACAUGUCAAUAAUUCAAAUGAAAUUAUUGAAUUGAAAAAAAGUCAAAUAGAACAAUUAAAUUUAAUUAACAAUCAGACUAUAACCACUUUUUUCAAUCAAUUAAGGGAAGUAUCAGAAUAUAUCAAAAGAGUUCUUUGUCCUUUUUCUCACGAUUUUGAAUGGAUUUACAAAAGAAUUGAUUGCAUGAUGAUGAAAGAAAAUGAAAGAUUUCAAAAAUUAGAUUUGAAGAUUACUGUUCAACUCUACUAUGAAAAUGAAAUUCAUCAUAUUGGCUCUCUUGAAAUUCAUCGAACGCUUGAUGAUCCUUUUUUAAAAGAUGUUAAAGAUAUUAUUCGUAGUCCAAAGUAUCUUGGCGCUGAAUGCAUUUAUAUGAUGUUACGAGAACUAAAAUCCGAAUCAAAAAAUUGGUUGUCUUCUGUACGAAACCUUAUGAUAAAUUGCAAUAAAAACGACUCUUAUACAAAAACAAUUGAAAGUAUGCAAGUGGCUAUUGAAUAUUUAAAAGAAAAUCAGAUUCCACGACACAAAGCAAAAAUUGAUGAUUUAACAAAAACCACAUUUCAUGCUAUCCAUGAAAUUUUGGAAGAACGUAAUGAUUUUUUAUGUAAUUUUGCAAUGAUUUGUUGA